GCGAAUGCUUGGUGCCAGAUAGCUGCCGAGAAGCGUUCUCUAACUACCAGGAUGGAUGAAGAAGUGAAGCCAAUGGAACAGGGGAUCGUUUUCCACAUCGAGAUUGCCCAAGCACAGGGCCUCCCCAAGCCAGAAGUGGCUUUUAUCCAAAUAGCUGGCUUGGGCUUGCAAGAGGAUUAUGCUUCCGAGGCACAGGUGGAGGAGUCCACUGAGCCUGGACCGUUUCUCUUCCAGUCGCUCGAAGCCCUUGCAGAGGCGAAGCGGCUCAAGGCUGAGGCGGAGGCAGCUGCGGGCAAGAAAAAGAAAGAGGAGGAUUCUCGCCCUGCCUCCAUCGACCCUCCGACGGCAUUGUGCAGAAUCUCGAAGCCGUGCCAGAGCGAUGCUGAGAGGCAGCAGCUCCUCGACAGUUUGUGCGCACCCUUGCGGCUGAAGCUUUUCCGCAACGGGCCAGCGCCCGCUGCUUUAGCUGAAGCUGUUGUAGACUUGAGUGCGUUGAUUCAUGACACCGCCUUGCUGGAGCUCGACGUGGAGCUGAAGUGGUCGGACUUGCUGCUCAAAGAGCUUCGCUCCGAGUUCGAGGAAGCGGCAGCGGCCGCAGCAGAGGCCGCCAAGGCUGAAGCGCCUGAGGCUGAGGAUGCGGAUGCAGCGGAUGCAGUGCAGCCCGAGGAGCCGCCAACCUUCGCUGAGCCUCCGAACGGACGGCUGUUGCUGAAGAUCUCUACAGCCGCUCCCAUCGGACGCAUUCUGUGUCCGGAAGAUCUGCACGACUGGGCCAUCCUCACUGUGCGUCUCGAGGGUCUGUACCAUUUGCCACAGAAGCUUCUUGAUGUCGGUGGCCCACUCCCCGAGCCGGGCACAGCUGAAGGGCCCUUGGAGUCUCAUCCCCUCCGCUACAGUUUGCGUGUGCUGAGCUGUGACUUCAACGACGGCCAGCUGGUUCUGCCGCACGUCGACUUGCCACCAGAAGAAGGCGAAGGCAAAGAAGGCAAGGCUCAAGAAGGCGAGGAGGCUGCCGAGCCUGCGGAACCGGAGACACCAGCCUCUCCAACCCAAGAGCCAGACAUCUCUUUCGACAUUGGCAUGGAAGAGUUCGAGGAGAGCCUCAUGCGUGCUGGUUUUCCAGGAAAAGACGGUCCAGCAGUCUUCAACUUCCUUUGCCGACCGCGGACUGGUCUAGGAGGACGCAUCGGUCUUCAGGAUUUCUUGCGGUUGUUGGAGAUCACUGUGCCAGCGACACCGGAGCAGCUUGUAGAACUGCAUGGCCUGCUUGUGGAGAAGCACGGAAGCUUGGAGACAGCUUUCUCAAGCAUCGAUGCAGAAGCCGAGGGUUUCCUGACGCGACAAAGCUUCGCAUUGGGCCUUGAGCAGCUGGGAGUCACCCGGGAGCCCGAGGAGGUCGAAGCCUUCUUCGUAGCAUUGGACUCCAGCCGAGCAGGCUAUGUCACGCGAGAAGACUUUCGAGUUUUGGGUGUGACAAAGCGCUUGAAAGACUUGGAAGCUGCUUCAAAAGCCUGCAAAUGGCUGUUCUCCGCCGCCGGGUCUGUAGAGGCUCUGCUUCAUCAGGUGGACACCCAGAACUCUGGGACAAUCACACAGGAAGCCUUCGUUUCGGCAGCGACGAAGCUGGGGUAUACGGACGAGGGCGCACUUCAACAGGUGUUUGCCUUUGCAAGCCUUCAGGAGACUGUAGAAACUGAUGCAGGGGAGGUCGAGACCUUGGGCUUCGAGGCAUUUCGGUCACUGCAGUCGUUGGCAUCCCUCGAAUUGACGUCGGUCCCAAACUCGCUGUCAGCUCUGGAGAAGCUGCUUUUGGGUGAAGGCGACGAAUGUUUUCUGAGUUCUUCACAGGGUCCAGGUCACGUCGCCUUGCAGGCACUGUUGGAUGACCGCUCUGCUGUGAGCAUCGGCUGUCCAGCGUUUCUGGCUGGCAUCAAGCGUUUGGAUGGCAGUGAUGAAGUGACAGAUGUGCAGGCAUUGUUCUUUGUCUUGGACGCUGCAGUUGAAGGAAAACUGGGUGCCGACGCCUUUUCAUCCCUUCCAGCAGUCAAUGCGGCCGAGCACUGGAGACGGCUGGCCGCCUGCCGAUCAUUUAUCGAGUCUGGGUUUGGCGGAAUCGACCACAACACGUUCAAAGCACUGUUCGACAGUCAUGCAGAGCAUUUUCUCGAGGCAGAGGAGACGCUCCCUCGUGUCGAGUGGUCGCAGGGCCGUGAAGUGAUGGGCUACCGUGGCAGAGAGUGGCUGCAGCGCCUCUUCAACACUCUCGGAGAUGACCGAGGCCGGAAUCCCUUAGACCUCAGCGUCAGCCAGACAGGAGGGACCUGGCUGUACAUGUUUCCGGCACUGAGCGGACACGCCACUGUGGAUUUCAAGGAGCUGCCUGAAGCUCAAGCUGCGCAGGCGAAAGUGGCAAGGUGGCACCAUGCGCAGGCAUUCCUGGAUUUGCGACGGAUACUCGCACCUCCCGAAGCUGGCAGAGGUCCUGAGCUGGAGUUCAGGGCCUUCCUUACGCAGGUUGGGUCUCUUCCAGCUGGCGAUUAUGGCAGUGAAGAGCAUGCAUCAGUGCCUUUCAGGGCUUGCGAGACAUACGUGAAGGGAGUCGUGCGCCUCGACCGCCCUUUGAUGCGACUCUGUCCACGGGACGUGCGUCCUGCUGUGCAGCCGUCAGGCGAGCCAUACAUUCCACCACCUCCAGAAAAACGACCACCUCCCACGGUUAAUGACGAGUUGGAGAAAGAAGCCAGCAAAGUCAUUGCUCGACUGGCCUUUGAAUUUGCUCGUUGGUGCCACGAAGAAGGCUUCGAAGAAGCGAAGAUGGAUACCACUAAUGCGGCUAAUGCAAAAGCAGUGUUGGGUCACAAAGGUGUGAACCGAGGUGCCUUCCUCCAAUGGUUGCAGCAAGAUGGUGCCAUAUUCAAGGACUUGGGUAGCAAGCUUCGCCCCGCUAUCGUCCGGCUUGUGAGGGCCGAAAACAAGAAUGGCCCGUCCUGUGGAUUGAAUGGAAACGAAAACGAUGCCAAAUACUCUUCACUGUGCGUUUACAUCCUCAAACACCUCGUGCGCGCCUUGAACACGGAUGUCGAAAGACACCGACGUCUGCGAGAUGAGCAGCUCUGGCGAAGCCCACAGUCACAGGUUCAGCAGGACAAUGCGCAGGAUGCGGAUGCUGCGCAGGACAGCCAGAAGCAAGACGAGCUGCUCAAGCGGUUGAUACUUGAGAAUGAACUGGUUGGUGAUGUGCAGCGUGCUCGGGAGGUGUACGAGGAGUGGCUGGCGCUGGAACACAACGUCGAGAACGGCGAGGCCUGGUGCAGCUUCGCCCGCUUCCUCAUGCGAUGCGGCCAAAACCAGCUCGACGCCGAGCGAGUGCUGCGAUACUCGAUCUCGCUCAAGUCCGGCGAGGAAGGGCCGGAAUUCUUGGAGGUGUCCUUCCUGGCAUGCCUGCUACAGAACCAAAGCCUCCCAUGCUCGUUGGAUAAAGAGGAAGUCAGGACUGCUCGCUUCGAAGCGGCACUGGCCAUGAUGGAGUGCUACACGGACAGGCAUGCCUUUGAUCCGAUGCCCUUGUACAUCCUGUUUUUGAUCUGCGCGGUGGAGGCCCAUGCGGUGCAGGCGCAGGCGGCGAGUGCGGAGAGCGAGGAGGCCAUGUUGUUAGCAGAGCAAGGCGACCGCCUGGCGGCGGAGGCAUCCAAGUACCUGGAGCUGGCGCGCUGCCCCAAAGGUCGGUGGACUGGCACUCUCGACACGGGUUUGCAAGGUGGACCUCGCUUUCCGGAGCUGGAG